AAUGGCGAGGGAAAACAGUGUGAUGUGUGUGCUGUGAAUCCGGAGCUGGGUGGGUCCACAGAGUUCCACAUUCCCAAACAACUCCCGGGUGGUGCGUCGUGUGUCGUGCGUUAAGGCGCUUUCAGGUAGUGAUUCUCCACGUUGUCUGCAUUUCGUGAACUUGGGUUUUUUUUUUCACGGACCGCGGAGGAGUUUUCACUAGCCCAUAAUGUUGAUGCUGGCAGGAAUCGUCGUGGUGCACAUUGCUACCAUCAUCAUGCUUCUGGUGGCCACCAUGGACAGUGCUUGGUGGGUCACUGAAACAGAAUCAACCGACCUGUGGUACCGGUGGAAGUUUUCUGACUCUGCCUGGCACUACACCAACGUGGACAACUACCAGGACGCGGUGGAGUAUUUCCAGACGGUCCAGGCCACCUCAGUGCUGGCUUGCAUUUUUGCCAUUUUAGCCUUGUGUGUGUUUGUGGCCCAGCUCUUCACGCUGCCCAAAGGCCACAGGUUCGCCUUCACUGGCUUUUUACAGCUCAUCGCCUGCCUGUGUAUAAUGACAGCAGCCUCCAUCUAUACGAAUACGCUUCACACCAAUGACUCAAAUGGAUGGUACGGACACUCUUAUAUACUGGCCUGGGUCUCUUUUGUCCUCAGCCUCAUCUUAACCAUCACUUACCUUGUCCUGCGUAAGAAGAACGAGUAAAAACCAAGGAUGAAUGAGAGAAUGGCUGGGUUCGAUCCUCUGACUAUGGGGAGUUUGAAGUUUGUGAAACGUGUAAACAGCUGCUUUACAUCUGCAGCUAGUGAAAAUGGGGGCAUUAUAUAACAAGAGCCAUUUGGUUAUAGUUUGAAUAUUUUUAAAUUUUACAUGAAGAGCUACAGGUUUGUUAUAUUUCCAUAGCAUGAAACUGAAACUGAUGAUUGUGAUGAAGCACUUGUUUCAUGGUAGUACUUUAAAAAUAACAAAUACAUUUACUAACCUUUUGGUCAGAGAAGACAACCCCUUGAAGUACAAUCCUAGUUUAGCUCUGUCCAUAGCAAACUGCCCACCAAAAUCUUGAAAGCUCAACCAUUAACUACUUCUACUUUUAUCUUGCUUGAAUUGUCCAUGAACUACAGCGUUAAAAGAACCAAGUUUAGUUUUAUUUAAGUGGUUUGUCUGGGUAGGUUUCAUCCCUUGUUCAUUCAACUAAAGCCUUCUAACUUCAUAUUUGCUGUACACACACUAUAAUGGUACCAGGCUUCUACAUAAGGAAGCAAAUGAGUAUAUCAAACAAUGUUAAGCUAUUGCUUUAGGUGUCUAAUGUUAAAGAUGAGAAAGGUCUUCAGUAAAAGCCUUAAAGUGAGUAAUGGUGGUACUUUAUUAUCCUGUAGAACUAUGUUAUGACAGCUAUUACUGCAGGUUCCUAAAAUUAAGAAGUAAAGUUGUGUCUCAAAACGUACGGAGUGUUUGUGAACGUGACCGUAGCAGUACUUGAACAAUCAGGAAAAACAAGCCUUACUUUAAAAGUAGUUUUAACAGUGUAUCACUAUUUUUACAACGUAUAAAUAUAUUAUAACCUUUUCAUAAUCUAUGUACAUUGUAACCAUUAUGUUUUUGUAGGAUGCUGUAUUAACUGUUUUUACUCAUGUUUGAUAUUCUGUCUGAAGUUGGCUGCUAUCAUCAUACAUUAAAUUUGGACACAACAACAUAACGUGAACAGUGAUGGAGGACAAUAGUGUUUCAUGUAAUUAUAUUAAAGAACUAUGCAACAGAACAUUCUGUUAUUCUGGGAUUUAAGCCAUAUCAAUUAUAAAUAAAACAAGUUAUACAAGAA